UCGUUUAUUAAUGAAAGUAAACAUUGCAAAUACGCUUCAUUCUCGCAGUAACUACGCUACAAAUUGUAACAAGUUGUAAAGUGCAUUUUGAUUCGUUAAAAAAUCAAUGCAGUGAUUAAAAAUUUUAAAAAAAUGUUGCUGAUUAUUGGAAUAACUGCUGCAUUAGCUGCUUUGGUUUAUUUUUACGUGAAGAAGAACUUUAGUUAUUGGUCUGAUAAAAAUGUGCCUCAAUCAGAUGUUUGGACUUGUGUCGUUGACAUCCAGAAAACAUUAUUUAGUUCGUUGAAUUUCUUUGACUUUUGGAAACAGUUUCAUUUAAGAACCAAAAAUUAUAGAUUUUUUGGUGGAUAUCAAUUUGGAACACCAAUAUUAUUUCUACAAGAUCAAGAGCUAAUCAAAACAAUGUUAGUCAAAGAUUUUGAUCAUUUUCCCAAUCAUAGAGAUUUUGUAGAACCUAGUGCUGAUCCAAUUUGGUACAGGGGCUUAUUUGCACUUAAAGGUGAAAAAUGGCGUGCAAUGCGUGCUACCCUCAGCCCAUCCUUCACCGGUUCCAAAAUGAGAGCAAUGUUUACUCUCAUUGAUAAAGCAGCAAAAGACUAUGUUGAUUAUUAUAAAACAGGACCAUCUCAAUUUUCUCUGGAGUUCAAAGAUUCAUUUACUCGUCUUUCUAACGACAUUAUUGCCACCUGUGCGUUUGGCAUCCAAGUAAACUCUUUAAAAGACCCGAAUAAUGAAUUUUAUUUAGCUGCAAAGGAAGCGACUAAUUUCGGAGGAGUUCUGAAUGCAAUCAAGUUUAUGUUGAGUGCUUCUUGUACCACUUUUAAGAAAAUGCUAAAACUACCCAUUUUUACCGAAAACACUCGAAAAUUCUUUAGUAACAUCAUUAAAAACACAUUAAAACUUCGUGAAGAACAGCACAUCAUUCGACCGGACAUGAUACAUCUCCUAAUGGAAGCCAAGAAAGGUCUUUUGAAACACGAGGAUGAAAAUGAAUCAAAUCACAAAGAUACCUUUUCCAUGAUGGAACCAUCCCAAAUUGAUAGCAAUGAAAAAAUACGCUUGAGUGACCUCGAUGAACUUGACAUUAUUGCACAGGCCAUGCUGUUUGUUUCUGGUGGUUUUGAAUCAAUUGCUACUACUUUGAGCUUGCUCGCGUAUGAAAUAGCUGUUAAUCCUCACGUUCAAGACAGAUUACGAGCAGAAAUCAAAGAAACCCUUGAGAAAAACAACAACGAACUUAGUUAUAAUGCUAUUUUGGGUAUGCAAUACAUGGACAUGGUAGUUUCAGAAUCUUUGAGAAAAUGGCCCACAAACAUUAUGGUUGAUCGAGUGUGUUCUAAAACUUAUGAAAUUCCACAUAGUGUUGAUGACUAUAACGAACCAAAAUUAACUUUAAAUCCUGGUGAUAUUGUUAUGGUCAACGUAUAUGGCAUGCAUCGAGAUCCUUCUAUAUAUCCAGACCCAGAAAAGUUUGAUCCAGAAAGAUUCAAUAAUGAAAACAAACAUAAGAUUACUCCUUACAAUUAUAUGCCGUUUGGGGUUGGUCCAAGGCAUUGUAUUGCCAUCAGGUUUGCGCUUAUGGAAAUUAAGACAAUUUUAGCUCAUUUGCUACUUAAUUAUGAAUUAUAUCCUAUUGAAAAAACACACAUUCCUAUGAAAUUAGAGAAAAGUUUUCUAUUUAUGGCAAAGGGUGGAUAUUGGUUAGGAUUAAAACGACUUAAGCAGUAGAUUUAAGCUUGUUAAUAAAUUAAUAAAAUAAAAUUUGUGAUUAUAAUGAAAUCGACAUGAUUUCUCUAAUCUUUACUUUCUAAAAAUAUAUUUUAUGUAAAUAAAAGUUUAUCAUGCAAAUAUACAGCUUUCCUACAAAA